GAUAUGGCGCCCAAGGGCUACGUCAAGGACAAGAACACUGGGGGGUGGAUCAAGGGCCCGGACUUGACGGAGGAGAACGUGCCACCACUGCCGAGCCCGCCGGGGACACCGCCCAGUUGGGCGCAGUGCGUCAGUGCUCCGCCGUCAAGGGCCACGUCGCGGACGGCAUCGCCGGGGGCAGUUUCGCUCGUACUCACGCCGCCCAAGGCCAAGAGCCCGGGUACGCUGCCGCCCGCCACUGUGCUCGCAAUCCCACCUCCAGAGGCAGCGGGCCAGCCGAUGACAGGCAAGCUGCAGUUCUACGCACAGGCACCAUGCAAGCCGCAGCAGACCAGGGGGCAAAAGGGAAGCUACCUCAAGUCGGUUGUUGGCUACAGUAGGGUGUUCCAGAUUCUCUGCGGCCCGUGCUUCGUGCCUGCCAUCAUCCUCAUGGUGCUCGUCGUCAGUUUCCCGUCGAGCCUCUUUCCUAACAUGUCCAGGGGUGCCGAGGCUGCGGCGUCCCUGGUGGAGGAUGUGGCAGGCGCAGGUGGUGCUGUGGCCCUCGCGGCCAGGAACCUGACUUUGGCCGUGAGUGGGGUGGCGCUAUCGGUUGCAAGAAACUCUGCUACGUUUGUGUAUGAAGCGUGGUCUGGGAUAGAUCUGCUGGGCUGCCGCUUGAACGUCACAGGCGGCCGCUCCGUCGUUGACAUUGGUGCACGCUCUCGCCCCAGUAUGAUGAAGGAGCUCGAGCGGGGGCUGUCCGUGGUGCCAGAUGACCUGGCAGUGGAGUUGUGGGGUUCCAUUAACGCUGUAUCUGUCAGGGCGCCAGUGGCGGCGCGGCUCUCCUCCCAGUUCAAUUUCACGGAGAGCUUCUUCAUCUGGGAUUGGGAGGUACUGUUAGUGGACGAUGAGGUGCUGGCAGUACGAUAUUAUUUCGCUAGAUUGGGAUUUGAACUUCAGUGGGCUAAUCCGUUGUGGGCACUCACAGGGGCCGAUCCCGGAAGAGAGCUGGAGCGCAUCACGACGAGAGUCAAGGAUGCGAUAGAGUCGGCAGUCGACGCCUCCGUGCUGCGGACACCGCUGACCGCGCAGGAG